GGCUAACCAAGCUUCCAAGAAAAUGAGGGAAAAUUACUCCCUUCCAGUAACUGACACUGGCAGAGCGCUCGGUUUUCCUCCAGCGAGCACUUAUUGGGAGGUUGCUUCUGUAUUUUACAGCUCAUCCCAGGCAAAGUGACCGCGGAGAGGAGCAGGAGCAGCCGGAGGGAAGGGCAGCAUCCCCUCCCACAUCCCCGGCGCCCAGAGGGGACCGAAAUCCGCGCUCUCCAUCCCGGGGCACCGGCACCAAAGGACGUCAUCGCCUUCCCAGCGGCUUUAACGUCAUCGCUGCUCUCCUUUGGUGCGGAGAAGAGAAACAAAAUACAGGAUUUCCUGCUCUGCAGCCACCGGACCGGGCUGCAGAUGCCGGCAGGAUUCCGAAAACAUGUGGAAGUUGAACGAGGAGGCGCUGGGGUUGCUGAGAAAUCCAGCGGGCGAUAAAAGCAGGACGCCGGCUGCUCCUGCUCCCUAGCACGGCUAUGACCCACCCGGGGCAUGGGAAGCGCAGGAAGGGAUGUGAAGACGAGUCCUGCCACCCCUUUCCCUGGGUUGAACAGACCGAGUGCACAAGUCCCUCGUGCGUUUUUGGGCAGAACCUCUCCCCCUGCCGUGACUGCCCCAUGAGCGAAGAGACCCGGCCGGGAUGGAGAGCAACGUGUCCUCCGGGAACUGUUCCUACCCCCAGAUGUCCUUCCAGUCCACCCUCUACGCCACCACCUACACCCUCAUCUUCAUCCCGGGGCUGCUGGCCAACAGCGCUGCCCUGUGGGUCCUGUGCCGCUUCCUCAGCAGGAAGAGCAAAGCCGUCAUCUUCAUGAUCAACCUGGCCGUGGCCGACCUGGCCCACGUCCUGUCCCUGCCCCUGCGGACUUACUACUACAUCAACCACAGCUGGCCCUUCGGGAGCUUCCUGUGCCAGGUGUGCUUCUACCUGAAGUACCUCAACAUGUACGCCAGCAUCUGCUUCCUCAGCUGCAUCAGCAUCCAGCGGUACCUGUUCCUGCUGCACCCCUUCCGAGCCAAGGGCUGGAAGCGCCGCUACGACGUGGCCAUCAGCGCCCUGGUCUGGCUCUUGGUGGGGGCUGCCUGCCUGCCCCUCAUCAUCGUCAGGAGCCCAGCCCUGUCCAACUCCAUCAACAGCUGCUUCUCGGACCUGGGCGUGAAGCAGCUCAGCCCCGGGGCCGCCAUCGCGCUGGUGACGGUGGCGGAGCUGUUCGGCUUCGUCAUCCCCUUCGGCACCAUCGCCUGGUGCACGUGGAGGAUGUGGCAUUCCCUGCGGGAGGGCCCCACGGCGCUGCAGGACGCCGGCGAGAAGCGCAAGGCCCUGAGGAUGGUCCUCAUGUGCGCCGCCGUCUUCUUCAUCUGCUUCACCCCCUACCACAUCAACUUCCCCUUCUUCAUGAUGGUGAUCGAGAACGUCAUCCGGGACUGCGCCGUGCACCGGAGCACGCUGCGCUUCCACCCCAUCUCCCUGUGCCUGGCCAGCCUCAACUGCUGCCUGGACCCCGUCCUCUACUACUUCAUGACCUCCGAGUUCCAGGCGCAGCUGCUGCGCCACGGCUGCGUGGCCCUGAGGGCUCGGCUCCCGCCCCGCCGGAGCAGCGCCUCCGGCACCGACAGCGCCCACGACAUCCGUGUCAGGAAGAGGAAUCUCCCUCGCCUCAAGUUCUGGUCUCUUCCCAAGUUCUUCGGCCAAAUAAACAGCAUGGACAUCCCCCCCAUGCCGCCCGACGAGCUGCUCCUGGAGUCCAUCUCGUGAGCGCCAGCGAGUCCUGUCCGUGCAGGGGAUUCCCAGAGCUGCAGUGAGGAAGGUCUGCUCUACUCUCCAAAUCCCUCUGGAAUUGUCCUUGUGUGCUGCCGGUGCCAGGACCUGACCCAUCAGGACGUUGUGGUGCUGGAAGUUUUGCUGGUUGUGUUGUUGCUGCUGGGGGCUCUUGUUUUCCAUCCCCUCGAAAGCCGCUGUCGAUGCCGAGGUUUCCCCUGUGCUGAACUGGGUGUUCAGGUGCCUCGUUUUGGGUGUUUCAGUGCUUCUGUGUGUUUGCUGUUUUGGGGGAUCCUUCUGAACCCUGAGCUGUGGGUGAGAGGCUCAGCCUUGGCACAGCUCUGGGGAUUUCAGCCCUGAUCCUGGGCAGCUACAGCCACCAUCACCUGGAGCAUCCACCACACACACAGGGCUCUGGGUCAGGAUCCCUUCAUUAUCUCCACAUAAACUGAACCUUUUUCCACUACAAAAAUCCAUCACUCGGGUCCAAUCCAGCCUAACCUGGACUGCAAGACUAUAACCAAGCAAAGAGUAUCAACCAAUAUCACAUCAAUGUUAUAAAGGAGGGUUCAAUCAAACUGGGCUCAGCUCACUCUGCUGGAAAAGGCCCCCAGAGAUGAGCAGAAGGAUCCACCUGGCUCUUGGGAGCCACAGGCUGAUUUGGGGGGAUCAAUAUUUGGAAGACAAAUUACAACAGAUAUGCCACAAGCAAAGAGGGAGAUGUGACACCUCCCAGGGCACAUUAACUCACAGAGCUCUGGUGUGAGCUGCAGAAACAGGGACUUGUCUUUGGUGUCUCUUGUGUUGUCAUUGGGAGUCUUGUGUUAUUUGUCAUGUUCCUGACACGUGUGGUUGCACUUGAAGAUCUCAUCAAGAUCUUCAGUUUUGCUUUGGACACCACAAACCAUCCCAACCCUCACUGGGAACUGAGAGAAUUUACAAAACUGACUCAAGUACACCCUGAAAGCUUCAAACUCCGAGGAAAUAAAAUGAUCCCAGUGUGUGUUUGA